AUGGCUUCACUCUCCUUUCUCUUCCCCUUCCCCUUCCUCCGUUCUUCAUGUCUGAUCUUUUCCAGCUGUGGUGUCUGGUGGAAGUAUCUGAGAGAUUUGCGACAAACCCCAUCUCUGUCUCUCUAUGGACUCUGCCUGUAUGCCGUACGCCUAGCACCCCACAGUUUGGUACCCCCUGGGCUUGCUAUUCCCUCUACCCUGCUCCAUUCAAUGGCGCCGCUUGAAACUUAUUGGGGCUGUCCGCCUCCAGAAGACACCAUCAGUAUCUUCAUUACGAUUCCCGGCCAUCCACUAUUCUCUUUUUCUGUGUUUUUAGAAGGUCUAGAUACCCCCUUUUUAGUGAAAACGCACCUCCACAUAAAGGGACUGGAUCUUGUGCAGGUCAUCUUGAGCACUUUGGCGAGCAUGGGGCACCGACUACCUGAUUGUUUGUCAUUACACUAUAAAUCUUUGUCGGGAGCUCUCCAGGAGCUUGAACCAUCUUCAGCACUUGCGGACGUUGCUCAGUAUGUGCAACACAGCGGUCUUCUGAUCAGGAUCCUGGGCGGGCGUCUUAUUCUGAAGGUUUUGUUGGAAGGCGACAAUUUGACUAGCUUCACGGUUGUGACAUCGUUUAUCUCGACGGUGGAAUCACUCAGGAGAGAGCUUUAUAUUGUAAUCAAACAGGUGCAACCACGCAUUGAAGGAGCAGAAGACGAUAUGAAACUUUUUGCAGUCAACCGAUCACUCGAGCGGCAGCAGCUUGAUGAUGCAAAUCAGCCUCUUUCAAAAUACUGGUGGGCUCAGCCACCUCGUGAAACGUCAAACUUGAUUGUUUGUUUUCCUACACUUGACCACUCUGGCCCCAGUGCAGGUAGUGCAGCACCGCUGAAAGAAGACCAUCCCCUGGCAAUUCUCGCUGCUUGCAGCGAAAACGCUAUCAUCUACGACCAGCAUCCUAUAUUAAGAGAUGAAGAUAGAUUGAGGUGCAAGGUCGAGAUUGAACAAUGGCUCUUUCUGGAGACACCAUGGCUAGAAGCACUGACGGGCAUUUCACUAUCUGAAAUCUUGAUUCUCGGAGAAUACCAUCUUGCGCUCGAUGCAGCGCUGGAGUUUUUCCGACAUGGGGCGUAUUCAAGUCAUCAAAUAAAUCCUGACUUCCAUGCCAACCCAUUCCAGACACACACCAGCACCAGCACCACAACUUCUAGCAAUGACAGGUACACAAAACUAUUCAUUUUGCGAGGCCACAUGGGCAUCGGAAAAACAAUUUUUCUAGCAUACGUGCUGCGCCUUCGUCUAGACGCAGGGCUCCCCACCUUGUUCAUGGACCGGGCCAAUAGAUUUUACUUCUUCAAUGAAGGGAAAGCCUUUGAUUAUCAGGCUGACUCGGCACAGAUUCGACCAGACUCCCUUCCCCAUUUUCCGGUCACGACAUGGUGCCUUGUGAAGACUGGCCCUAAUCUUCUAGAAGUCCCUUCCUUCCUGCAAAACCUGAAUCUUUUCAUUUUACAAUCGGCCUCGCCUCGCCCAAUUCACUACAUGUGGUUGCAGCAAGACCUCAUAUCGGCGCGGCAUACUCAACCCCAACUUCACACCGAACAGAAUCUCCGCAACGCCCUGGAUACUUUUGGACCUUCGGCUGGUAUCGUAUACUCCCAUGCAUCCAACCCAUCCUUCUAUGAGGGGUUUCUGAAAGAGGAAGUUCAAACUGCGACGCUUGAAGAGCUGGAUGUCGCAGUUAACCAGGUCAAAGGGUUAACCCUUGAAGGCAAAAUUCCCUCCUGUCUUCUGCUUCUCACCCCCGGGGAGUCUCGCAAUGAUCCCUGUGUUACAGUCCCAAGUCGCUUCAUCACCUAUCUCAUGGUCAAGACGAUCAAAGCUCGGAGUGCAGUGAAGGUGAACGAAAUAACAACCUUCGAACCACCUGACUGCCACAUGUACCUGCCUUCGACGCCACGCCAAUUGAGCGAUGGGGUAUACUGUCCUUCCAUCGACUCAGGCCCAACAUUUGAUGGGUUCUUCUACAAUAAGGCUACCAACACCGCCAUCAUGCUGCAAGCGACAGUAGGAGAGACGCAUUCAGUGAAGAAGAAAGGUAUAGAGUGGCUACAAGAACAAGCGGCCAGAAAGUUAAAGCUUGUCUAUCUGGCCGUUGUCAAUGCUGAAGAAUCGGAUCAAACGCACACCAUCAUUUUUCCGAAAGAAUUAUCAAACUUGGUGCCAGAGAAGUAUUUCAUUGUACUGCCAGGGUUGCUAGGUGGGAGACAACUAGGCGUGUCUGGUGCUGGUACAUUAGAUUAUGAGUCUUAA